AUGAGCAUGAUGAGUGAGUUGACAUUCUUCCUUGGUCUUCAAGUUCGGCAUCUUGAAACUGGAAUCUUCAUAAAUCAAGCAAAGUAUACCAAGGAAUUACUAAAGAAAUUCGGUUUGGAGAACUGCUCAACUGCCUCAACUCCUAUGAACUCUUCGAGCAAGCUGGACAAAGAUGAAGGUGGUCAGAAUGUCUACAUCAUAGCUUACAGAGGAAUAAUUGACUCCUUGUUAUAUCUAACAACAAGCCGACCAAACAUCUUGUUUGGUGUCGGCUAUCCGAUAGAUUCCAGUUUCAACUUAAUUAGUUACUCUAGUGUACACUAUGCAGCUUGCAAGAUUGAUCGGAAGAGUACUAGUGGAAUGUGUCAGUUCCUUGGUGAUCGUCUGAUCUCUUGGUUUAGCAAGAAGCAGGCGUCUAUUACCAUGUCUAUAGUAGAUGUAGAAUAUCUUGCUGUAGGAAGCUGCUGUGCUCAAUUGAUGUGGAUUCAACAAUAG